AUGGCAGACAAGCUAGACAUGGGGGAAAUUGCCAUCUUUGAUAAGGCCAAGCUGAAGAAAACCCAGACACAGGAGAAGAACACCCUGCCGACCAAAGAGACCAUUGAACAGGAAAAAAGGCGUGAAAUUUCCUAA